GUCUUGCUGCUCCGUCCUUAGCCGUCCUUACCCGGAUCCGGGUGCUGGUGGAUGCCACGCGGUCGGUGGUCGGUUGCGUCCACGCGUGGCGCACGCACUCACGCACGCACGCGGGGGGACCGUGUAUGCAGGAGGCGUUCGCAACUCGUCCAGAGAAAAUGGUAAUGCUGGAUGACUGUCUGCUGACGUCGGUGGAGUUCUUGCAAGAAUAGUUCCAUCAUCAAGAUUGCUAUCAUGGACACUUCCAACCUCCAGACUGAGCAAAGUGAGCUCUUUUGUGGAGGGUAUAAUUGCUGAAGCGUGCAAGCGUGCCUGCUGAGGAACAUAAAAAGCCUCCAAAGCAUGCAGUGCAGCUUUCACCACAGUCAGGGAGGCUCUGCAUCAUUCGUGAGUCCAUGUGGGUGUGGAGAUUGAGGUGACAAGAAAGUGAUAGAACGGGUGUAAAAGUAAGAAAGAGCUAUGGUACUUCACAUCACCCCCUACUCCAGUUCCUGUCUGUGCUUCCUGGAUGGCUUAUCAUGGAGCCUUGUGUUCCCCUGCUACUGGCUCCUGGAUCAGCUGCUGGCCUCCUGCGUGGCGACCUCGCUGGAGAAACGCCAGCGCUCUCAGGAACCGUGCUCCCUGCUGACUCUCUGUGUCCUGAUCAUGGCACCUCUUUACUUGCUCCUCCUCCUCACCUCUCUGCCUUUUGCUCUGCUGGGCUUCAUCAUCUGGGCUCCCCUGCAGGUCAUCCGUCAACCCUACCUGUACACCUACUGUAGGCCAGACAAGCAUCAGGCUGAGCAGGGUGAGGCUGGGUCAGGAUUUGUUGGGGUCAGAGACUGGAAACCCCAGGGCAAGAGCUUCUGUUUCUGCAGUGCCAACGUUUGCCUGCUGCCUAACUCCCUGGCCAGGUUCAACAACCUGUCAGACACCCAUGGGAGAGCAUGGGAAGUGGGCAAGAGGAUCCGAAUUGGUGCCUGUCGGCCUCAGAUUAAAAUCUACAUUGAUUCACCUACCAACACUUCUAUCAGUGCGACCUCCUUCAGCAGUCUCGCCACUGGUUUCCGUCGUACCUCCUCCCUCGACCAGCGGCCGGACCAGACGCACAUCGUUAAUGGUCCAGCAGAACAUGAAGCCGAGCCUCUCGCUGAAUGUCCGAUUCACCCCUCAGGUGCUACAGGCUGCCCAAUUCAUCCGUCUGCAGGAGUGCAGGCAUCCUCUGAAGGCCCCAUUCACUCAGAUGCAGGAGACACCACAGUGGAGUGCCCCCUCCACCCUGGAGAAACAAACAGCAACUUAGGGAGUGCUAUACACACUGUGGCUGAUGCUGCAGUCUAUCCUAUGCAUGCUGUGGCCGAUGGGGCAGACUGUCCUAUGCAUGCUGUGGCCGAUGGGGCAGACUGUCCUAUGUACGUUGUGACUGAUGGGCCAGACUGUCCUUUGCACGCUGUGGCCGAUGGGGCAGACUGCCCCGUGCACGCUACAGGGGCACGUAGUGGCCUCAGCAAUCACGGCUGCCCCAUGCAUGGGAAAGAGAUGCAAACUAAAAUCACCAAUGAAUGCCCGCUUCACACCGCAGGGGUUCAGAUCAGCAUCAGUGCCCCAGAGCCUGACCCUCAGGAGGAGGCAGCAGAAACCGGUAACCACCAGCCAAGGGAGCUGGCGGGAGACGAUACUGGUAACAUGACCGCAUCAAGAGAAUCCCUUGCUCGAUACCAUGGAGGUGAUGGUGGCGGAGUGAUAUCCUCAAACAACACCCUGUCUCACGUGCCUCGCACUUCAAUGUUUAAACGCCCCGGUAGAAAGCGCCGCCACGGAGAUGAAACGUUCGACCAUGAGAUUUCUGCCUUCUUUCCUGCCAACUUGGACUUCCUUGCCCUACAGGAAGUUUUUGACCAUGGCUCGACGAGUCGGCUGCGGCAGCAGUUGCACCGCUACUUCCCGUACGUGCUGAGUGAUGUCGGGCGGUAUGGCUGGAAAGGCUGCGGGUCCAGUUUCAAAUUCUUUAACAGUGGCCUGAUGCUUGCAAGUCGAUACCCAAUCCUGGAUGCACGCUAUGAGUGCUACCCCAACGGAAGAGGAGAGGAUGCACUGGCAGCCAAAGGAGCACUUUUUGCCAAGGUCCAUGUCGGCACCUCCCAUCAAGACCAAAGAGUUGUGGGGUAUCUGACAUGCACCCACCUGCACGCCAUAGAAGGUGAUGCCUCAGUGAGAUGCCGACAGCUGGACUGGUUGCUCCAGUGGGGGGAGGAGUUUCGCCAAGCUUCAUCCCGACCUCGGGAAGGAAAGAGAGCUCUGGAAGACCUCGUGGCCUUUGAUGUUCUUCUGGGAGACCUCAACUUUGACAAUUGCUCUUCAGAAGACAAGUUGGAACAGCAGCAUGCACUUUUUACUCUAUACAAGGACCCGUGUCGCCAGGGACCAGGAGAGGACAAACCAUGGGCUCUGGGUACACUGCUGGAUCCCAGAGGUCUUUACGAUGAUGAGGUCAGUUCACCGGAAAGUUUACAGAAAGUGAUGGAGAAUGAGGACGGCAGGAAGGAGUACCUCGUCUUUCCUCCCAGUAAGAGCCAGUGUCCCUCCGGCAGCCAGAAAGGACGUAAGAUUCCACUGAAGGGCAACGGACGACGGAUUGAUUACAUCCUGUACAGCGAUGAGGGCCUGCAACAGGACUGGAAACUGGAAGUUGAGGAGGUGAGCUUCGUAACGCAGUUAGCGGGUCUCACAGAUCACCUGCCCGUGGCCAUGCGAUUGGCUGUUUCAACAGUGGAGGAGGAGUCUUAGAGAGGAAGUUCAGGAGAGAAGGAAACUGUUUGCUGUCAUUUGGCCUCUCUGCUGCCACCCUGUGGACAACACCCCCUUUGGCUUGUUUCUAGUAGCCAUUGUUUACGACUUUAUACUGGACCUCUUUCAUUCCCAAGCAUGCUUUUUUUGUUGUUUCUACCGACAGGGACCAAUUCUCCAGUUACCGUGCACACGUAUAAGACAAAUGAUGACCUCCACCAAGGCCAAACGCCUCACUCUUUUAGUAGAAUUCCUGCUUCACCGAGGACAAGAUCCGAAAAGUCAAGAACAUUUCAUUCACGGCGCCCCUCCUGUCACACCGCUUCACGGUAUGGGGUGUUAUGGUUGAGACACACCCCCAUAAACCAUCCACACUGUACAACAAAGAAGACAAGUCGUUACAUACGUCCGUGCGGCAGAAGCAUUCAUUCACGUCGUGACUUGGCUUCUUUUCUGUUGACUUUGUUCCCUUUGGUGACGUCUGCAAGAAAAGGAAAGCGAAAGUGAAAUGAGACAAUGAGGUCGAAUGCCCGGUCUGAGCCGCUCAGCCGUGGGGACCAUCAUGAAGGCUAUGAAGAUGGCUCCUAUGAAAUGGACAGUGAUAACUAAGCAGCGUAGGGCUCUUAUUAGCUACACUUCCUCCUCAUCAUUUUACGACCUUAUUGUUUACAUGUGUCCUUCGUUCGUUGCGUGUCCAGUGGGGCCAACAAUUCAUAUCCUUUUCUCAUGUCAGCCGUUUCAUAUUAUGAUACAUGACAGAUGCAUUGAUAUCAUUUCAAUGCAUCAUGAAUGAUACUUUGGUUCAAAAAGAAUACAUUAAAAAUCAUGUCUUUCUUUCCAACAAUGUAUGGUUUAUUGCAUUGAAUGUGAACAUGCUUCCAUAAUAAGAUGUUCCAGGUGUCGUACCGCACAUGAUGUCAAAAGUGUCACGUCACACUUUCCUUUCCAUGAAUCCCUCCUGAUCCGACCCUUAACCCCUGACCAAUGGCAGCAGAGAAGGCGCGGUCGGCAGCAGGGAGGAGAAUAAUGCAGAUUUACACAAGCUGAGAUUUUGUGAGUCUUUUAUGACGACAAAUCGGGCGCCAAUGUUGGCUUGUUUUGGGGGCGGGAUUGGACGCCUUGAAGGAGCUGCUUGUUUUUUCUGCCGCUACCAGAGACUUGAUGUGCGUUUUGAUGCCAACGUGGCAUCACCUUUGACUUUCUGCCAUGUGCCUAUUGUGUGGAUGCUCUCAUUCCUCUUUCAUCUUUGAGUGCACACUAGCACACUUAGAGUCAGUCUUUUAAUGCAUAAGUGCACACUCGCGUACUUAGUUAGUCUUUGAGUGCAUAAGUGCACACUCACGUACUUAAAGUUAGUCUUUGAGUGCAUAAGUGCACACUCACGCACUUAAAGUUAGUCUUUGAGUGCAUAAUUGCACACUUGCGUACUUAAAGUUAGUCUUUGAAUGCAUAAGUGCACACUCGCGUACUUAAAGUUAGUCUUUGAGUGCAUAAGUGCACACGCGCGUACUUAAAGUUAGUCUUUGAGUGCACAAGUGCACACUCCCGCACUUACUUUGAGUGCAUAAUUGCACACUUGCGCACUUAAAGUCGUUUCCUGUUCCAAGAGGUCUUUAUUGACUGAAUGUGUGUGGAUUUGAUCAAUAAAUGUCAUUCACAAUGACCAUGCUGACUCAUUCAGCCCCCGGCAUGUGUUGCUAUGGUAACGGCUAGGUAUGGUCAUACCCAUGUAUACAUACAUCCACGCCACCACAAGAAGUUUGAAGAAAAAACAAAAAAACAAGACAGAUUGUGGAAAUGUGGAAAAUCAGGAAGCAAGCGGUCGUAGAGCAGCACAUGUCAUGAAUUACCAGUGUACUCCACCAUCUGCAAUUAAAAGAAGACCUUAUACGGACCUCAAACGCUGCAAUGAUUAUUGUUAUUUAUGUGGCCAGCAAUAAACAGCUACAUUGUCCUUUCUGACAAGCACAAGAAACAAACACACGUUUAUGUCCAGUUUAAAUACAUUUUUAACUUGUACAACAUAUAAGAAAUAAAUGGCAUCCUGGCCAACGGUGGAGGGGAAACAUUUAAGAAGAGAAAAAGCAGAAAUGGUAGAGUGAGCUGGGAAGGCAAAGGGAAGAGGACACGCUCCGUGGUACUGCAAACAGACAGCAGAGGGCAGCAAACACCGGCAGAGUGAGACAUCGCUGGCUACUUCUCGGCGCGUCGCUGACUCCAAAGCCCAUCGUCAUCAAUAGCUGCUGUAUGGUAGCCUUAGUGACGUCAUUUCUUAUCUAUUUCUAGUACAGCGUGAGCACCUUGAGAAAGGGAGCGGAUGUGAAAAAUGUGGUUCUGCUUUCCAUACGAAAGCAGCACAGUCGUUUUUUUUACGUUCAACAGGAUGAUAAGUUAAGGUCACACGUGAAAGACGGCAUGAAAAAAUGUUUUCAAUGCUUUAUAUGUUUGUUUUUUUAUGUUUUAUAUACUUUAUAUUUUACAUGCUUUAUGUUUAAUAUGCCUUUUGUGUUUUAUGUUUUUAUAUGCUUUAUCUUUAAUAUGCUUUAUAUGUUUAAUAUUAAAUAUGCUUUAUGUGCUUUAUGUUUAAUAUGCUUUAUAUGUUUUAUGUUUAAUAUCCUUUAUAUGUUUUUCUUGUUUUGUUUUGUUAUUA